AUGGUGACCUUGACAUCAGCGGUAUUGUCACGCUGCAGACAGACAUGCACCAUCCUCUGGAGUCUACUAACACUAGCUAGAUCAGAUAGAUGUGCGUUUAUGUUAGUCUUUCUGUGGAUGUUACAGUAUGUUGCAGAGUCCACCAGACACACUGAGUUUUGAUUAGUGUGUGAUUUAUUUAGUGUUAUUUCUGAGUAUUGCGCUGCCUGCAUGGCAGACCUGGAGAUGCCAGACACAACACAUGUUGGAGCUGGAGUCUUCUUGGAGCUGAGAAAAAGGCUUCAGACUGGACUGCUUAUUGUCGGGAAAGACGUGGCCACAGGUCCUGCAGAUGUGGUCGUGACAGGUGGAGAUUCUUCCCUCCACAUCCGGACUCCCAGAGGCGAGCUGAGCCUGACUUUGCCAGCAGGGGUCGCCUUCGAGCAGGGAUCCUGCGUUCCGACGCCUGCGGGAGAAUCGCGCGGAGAGGAGCUGCAUUUCAGACUGCGCAUCAGUGUCACAAGAAGCACCGACGAAGAGGCUUCUGACAGCGUGAUGGAGACACUUCGGGCGAAAGAGACUUAUUGCUUCCACUGCCAGGGCUGCAUGACCAGGCUGCUGGAGGACAGAGUGUUUAAGCGAGUUCUUCCUCUCCCUAAUGGCAACUGGAACGCCAUCGUGGACGACUGGUGUUGCCACCCUGAUCCGUUCGCUAACAACAACAAGCUGCUGCCCCGAGCAGAGGACUGUUUACUGGGUGACACCUUCCUCCUCCUGGCCAGAGACGGCGGCUGUGAACAGACUCUCACUGUGGAAGUGAGCCCUGUUAGUUCAGAGGACAGUCAAGAUUCAAAGAAAACCUGCCGCCGCCUGAAACUCGUCUCCUGCAAGAGCUGUUCCUCAGAGCUGGGAGAGGCUGUGGCACCAGAGACCCUGAAACUGUACAUCACACAAGUGGUGGUGGAGCUCGCUGUGGGAGACAGAGAGCCUGAAGCUUCACUUAACAGAUCGCUCUUCCUGGAGAAGACGGUAGCAGCCAGACUGUUGGGGCUGUCCACCUCGAUGAGCACCUUCCACUUCUCUGUCCAGACUCCUGAUGGAAAAGCCUUCUUACUGCUCUGGCUGCUGAACAGCGACUCCAUCACAGCGUCGGUCCCAGAGACGUGUGUCGAGGGUGAGAGGUCUAUCAGCUCCCCCGCUCUUCACAGUCCAUCACCCAGAGCUGCCAGAGUCCUGAAACUCCUCUACACCGCCUGCUCCGACACAGGCGCCCAGCAGAGAGACAUUGUAGCGAGUUGGGAGGCUAACGCUAUAGGACAUCCUGUGGUGCUGCCGCUGAAGGUGUGUGAGGAGCUGCAGCAAGUGAUGGAUGACAGCAACUCUACGCUUCCUGGCUCCAUGCGUAGCAUGAGAUCCUAUGAGGUGGCAUACCUGAGACUGUGAGGUCAAACGUCUGAUACCGGGAGGUCACGACUCCACUCGUCACUCUUGGAGAAUUCAAGAGGACCUGCAACAUCUGAGAGAGGAACUUAUGUGAACAUGUACUGUACGUUUGCAUAUGUUAAGGUGACAUCCUGCACAGCUUUCCAGCAAGUAUGAGAAUGGAGAUUACUGCAGAAGGAAAUGCAGCGAGCGUGGAAUACAUCAGACCGGAAAUACGUCAACCAGAGUAGACUCUCAUGACCACGCCCCCUUUUUGGGGGGGGAAACAAUCCUGUGUCCCUCAUAGACGGUAACAGAGUAAAGAGAAGAAGUUCAAACAUGUCUCCAAACUUCUACUUUAAACAAACCUGUAAUAGUAUUAACGCUAUGCCGGAGAGUUGCUGUGUUGGUUGCACCAACAAUAAAUCCAAAAAUGCUGAUAUUCAAUUUGUUACAUUGCCGUGUCCUAAAAAAGAUCUAAUAGAGGCCAAGGCUGCGCUCUCUUUUGGAGGAAAGAAACUCGCUGUCACAUGAGAGAAAAUUAGUAAAAGCUGCUGUGUAGCGGGUUUACCGAGGUUUCACACUGAGAUUUGAGACACAUACGAUAAGUGAAUAUUCACUGUCAGUAUGGUAAAUGGCUAAGUGAUGCUGGCGACAGUGACUAGCAUGGUUAGCUAAUGUUAGCUGUGAGUGGGAGGCUGCUGCAGUAAUACAGUCACACAUUAACGUUAUAGCAGCAUCAGACUGUCGUCUCCAACUAAAUCUCAGCCUAUAGAUCAAACAGUUGGAUAUUAAGACGGUGGUUAUUAACAGACAACACUUAGCCUAAUGGGAUUCAAUCAGACAUGUACUGUAGAGAUGUCUGGAUAAGCAAUAUCCGGCCACUGUGUUGGACGGGGGAAGACUGAAGGGACAUGACGGCGAUUAACCUUCAUUUAUUAAGGUAUCGUGAACGCUCAGGUUCAGGCAAGGUCGCAAAAUAAUUAUUAGACGUGUAUAAAACAAACGUUUGUAUAACAAGAGUUGAAUUCCUAUGAAUUUGUCAAAAUUACAAUCCAAAUAUAUGUCUGUUGCAUUGAAGUCUCCGGGAUCUUCGGUUUUCUUUCCCCUAAAAUAGGGUGCGGCCUUGACAUUUUUCGACCGGUAUGUGCUGGUCUGAUGUAUGAUGUGUUUAGUCUAGUCAAGUUGUGGUUUUAUGAUUUCUUCUGUCAACAUGUUUGGUAUCGUGUCAUCACCUGCAAACAGAUUCAUGUUGAAACAGGUUAUUGCCAGGCUGCUAAAUGUUAAUGCAAAACUGGAAGAUAAUGACUUCAUCAUCAAAAUAGAUUUUCAUAGAAUAGAUAGUUACAUCUCGUUUUUUAUCAUUUUUAAUCCUAAUGUAUAAUUAUAUCAAAAUGUGUCGUAGUGGUUGAAAAGCCUGUAUGUUUGUCCAUUCCCAAACUUUAUUUUGUAUUGUUCUUACCAUUCUCAACAAAAACAGAUUAAACUUGUAUUUUUUUUUUGAAAG